AUGCUGGACGAACAAGAUUAUCCAAGCCGAAGAGAGAUAAAAGAAAUGUGUCACCAACUCAGCGAUGCUCAGGAACGUGCUAUGGAAACUAUGCAUCGUCUUUCAAUGGAAUACGCGCUCCUUAAGGACAGAGAAAAAAGGAAAAAAGUCGUCGAAGAGAUGGACAAAUUGGAACUAGAAUUUUCGGAGGCGAACGAGAAAGCACAAGAGUAUUUAGAUGCCCGUAAAGAUGGGUUAUCGAGUCUGGCAACCGAAGCGUCAGAAAACACCCGUCGCUGUCGAAUUACAGAAAGCGUGGCAAAGAAUAGCGUGGAACAAAUUCGAAGGGACGAAACUAAGUAUAAAGAGAAGUUUGAUGAUUACAAAGAGUCAUUACGGGAAUUAAAUCGUCAUUACAAAGAGACAUUCGACUCCGGAGGUCGAAAAUUUACGAAAGAACCGUACGAAGAUCCAACGCUUGGUCGGGAUAUGUGGAAUCAACUAAAGAGAGUUUCCAUUCCCGUAUUUAACGGCGAUAGAAGAGCUUAUGAAGGAUGGAAAGCAGCGUUUAUGGCGUGCGUUCAUCAAGCACCGGCCACACCCGAAAACAAAUUACUUUAA